AGGGAGACAAGGAAGGAGGGAAACAAGAGGAUGAGAGAGGAACGAAGCCAACCAACCAGCUGAAAGAGAACGAGUGAUCGGGGCUGUUUGAACGAGGCAGGGAGAAAAGGAGGGAGGAGGGAGAGAGAGAGGGUGAGAUCGAUUGUCAGAUCCGAGGAAACAGAAGUGUUACUAUUGCACGGCCACUGGAACGGUGUCUGCCCGCUGAGGAUAGGCAUUGGCUCCCAGCGCUCACCGGCUCGCAGGACACGCUCUAAAAUGAAGGAUCUACAAAUAGCGGCAACCACAGCAAGACAUGUGUCUCUGGGGAUGAUGCCGUUGCCGCUGGUGCCACUCUCCCUGUCGCCAUGACGAUGCCGCUCAGCCCCCUCUCCGGUGACGAGGAGCAGCAAAGGAUGCUGGGAAACAGUCAACACCUUUAUCCAGGGGCGGAGGAGGAGGAGGAGGAAGAGGAAAUGGAUGAUGAUGGCGUGGACAAGGAAGGCGAGGAGGAGAACGGAGAGCUGGAGUUGGAUGACGAAGAGGAUGUGGACGAUGAAGAUGACAUCAGGCGAGGACCAGGGCGUUUGAGAGGAGGCAAGGAAGAGGGGCACAGGCAAAAAAGCACAAUGGCUGGACGACUUCCAGGAGACAGACCGCUACGACCCGGCAACCCAGGCCACACGGCCAACCCGUAUUCGUCCAACCCUGGACCCACCCACCAAACGCAGGCUAAUCAGCAGCAACAACAGCGGAAGCUAAGAGAGCGAAGCUCAAGCAAUGCACCUGACGACGCGCACAUAGCUAUGAUGGUCUUUCGGAUUGGCAUUCCUGAUAUCAAACAGACGAAGUGUCUGAGGUUCAACCCUGAUGCAACCGUAUGGAAGGCAAAGCAGCAGGUGCUGUGUAGUCUAACUGAAUCUCUAAGGGAUGUAUUAAACUAUGGCCUUUUCCAACCUGCUACUGACGGGCACGAUGCCAAGUUCCUGGAGGAAGAGAGGCCGCUCCGCGAAUACCCACAAUCCUUUGAGAAAGGAGUACCCUACCUGGAGUUCCGCUACAAAACCAGGGUGUACAAACAGACAAAUCUAGAUGAAAAACAGCUGGCCAAACUGCACACAAAGGCCAGUCUGAAGAAGUUUAUGGACUACAUCCAGGCCGGGGCUGUGGAAAAGGUAGUCAAACUUGUAGACAAAGGACUUGACCCCAACUACCACGACGCUGAGACAGGAGAGACCCCACUCACUUUGGCUGUACAGACGGAGCCGGGCGGAGGGGAGAUCAUCAGGGUGCUGGUGAUGGGGGGAGCACACAUUGACUUUAGGGCAAAGGAUGGCUUGACCCCUCUCCACAAGGCUGUCAGAGCACAUGCACACACUGCACUACUGACACUGUUGUCUUUGGGGGAAUCUCCUGAUUAUAAAGACAGCCGUGGGCUGACACCACUUUACCACACUGUGCUGAUAGGGGGCGACACCUCCUGCUGCGAGACCCUCCUCUACCACAGAACCAAGCUAGGGCUUCGUGAUGAGAAUGGCUGGGACGAAACCCACCAGGCUUGUCAAAAUGGGAACUCUCAACACUUAGAGCACCUGCUUUUUUAUGGUGCAGACUCCUCAUCCCAGAAUGCCUCAGGAAACACUGCCCUGCACAUAUGUGCUUUAUAUAACAAGGAGAGUUGUGCCCGCAUUCUGCUGUAUCGAGGAGCCAAUAAGGACACAAAGAAUAACAGCGGGCAGACCCCCUUCCAGGUGGCUGUGAUGUCUGGCCAUUUUGAGCUGGGAGAAAUCAUUAAAAACCAUCGUGAAUCAGACGUAGUUCCCUUUUUGGAGUCUCCAAAGUAUGCCCCCCAGAGGAGGGAGAGUUCUCGUACUCUUGGAUUGCCCCAUCCUCAUCCCUUCUUGCGAGCCAACAGUGACAACAGCAUGAAUGUGCCAGACUGGAUCGCUUUCCCCAACGCUGCUGGAUCAAGCCUUGUCUCUGUGCAGGGUCUAAAGCAUGGUGGCACCUUGCGUAGCUCCAGCAGUCCCCGUGGAGCAAGAACCCGUUCCCCGUCUCGUGGUCGAACAGGCGACCGAGACGAUCGGAGCCGGCAAACACGAGGAAGACAAGGGGCGGGCUCUAUCAGUAGUCAGGGCACAGCAAGCGGGCAGCGGCGGCGUCUCUACAGUGCCGUGCCUGGCCGUGUGUUUGUGGCCACCCGCUCGCACUCCGCCCAGGGGGACCGCGAGAUCAGCUUCAACAAGGGAGACAAAGUCAAAGUGUUGAGUGUGGGUGAAGGAGGAUACUGGGAGGGUACGGUUCGAGGGCGCACAGGCUGGUUCCCCUCUGAUUGCGUUGAGGAGGUGGCUCUCCGCAGCCUGGAGCCUCGUUCAGAGAGCCGCAGUGAGAGAGCCAAGCGACUCUUCCGACAUUAUACUGUUGGAUCCUACGACAGCUUUGACGCGCCCAGUGACUACGUAAUCAAGGAGAAGACAGUCCUCCUGCAGAAAAAAGACAAUGAAGGAUUUGGCUUUGUGCUGAGAGGAGCCAAGGCUCAGACCCCUAUAGAAGAGUUCACUCCCACCCCAGCCUUUCCAGCACUGCAGUACCUUGAGUCUGUUGACGAGGGAGGCGUGGCUUGGAGAGCUGGUCUGCGAAUGGGAGACUUCCUUAUCGAGGUGAAUGGUCAGAAUGUGGUUAAGGUGGGACACAGGCAGGUGGUCAAUAUGAUCAGGCAAGGCGGCAACAGCCUCAUGGUUAAGGUUGUCAUGGUUACCCGAAAUCCUGAUAUGGAGGAAGGGGUCAGAAGGAAAAUCCCACAGCAGAGUAAAAGGCUGAGCACACCAGCUAUUGCUCUGCGUUCCAAAUCCAUGACAUCAGAACUGGAAGAGAUGGUGGACAGAGCCUCUGCCCCAUGGAAAAAAAAAUCAGAGUUCGAGUCUUCACAAGCUACAGAGAAGAAGAGGACAGUUUAUCAGAUGGCUUUGAAUAAACUGGAUGAGAUUUUAGCAGCAGCACAGCAGACUAUCAGUACCAAUGAGGCCCCAGGGCCCCGGGUUCAGGGGAUAAAAAGAGAACGGGGCAGAGGCUUUUAUAAUGAGCCAAGUUUUGACCAAGCAGGAAUGGGGAUGACAUCAUCUGGGGCAGGGUUAGGAUACGACCGUGGUCAAUUUAUGUCUGGCCAUGGCCCCCCGCACGGUAUGCUGCGACAGAAGUCCAUCGGGGUUCUAGAGGAGGAGAAGCAGUUCCUUCAUCCUCCAGCCAUGAAGUUUGCCCGCAGUCUUUCAGUACCUGGCCCAGAUGACAUCCCUCCUCCCCCUACUACAGCUCCCCCUGAGCCCCCUUUCUCCUCAGCUCCCCCUCUUGGCUUUAGGGGCAAGACAUCCCAGCAGCCGUCUGUUUCUGUGUCCCAAUCCACUUCCUCUUCUGCACAUUUUCAGCUCUACUCGCAGUCAGUGCAUGUCACUCAUGGACCCAGAGACAGGUCCCCUGGACCACCUGCAGGGUCCGGAACAGGGGACCUCCCUUAUUCCCAUGCUCAAGCCCACCCCUCUGUGCCAAGCAGGACUGCCUCCAGGAAGGUGAUUGGGUACACAGGGGACCUUGCAGGGGCUGGAGGAGCACCAGGAGCCAAGGCUGCAGCAUUGAGAAGGGGCUACAGCAAUGCAGUCCCACCCACUAGUGUCGCUACUGUUAUUCCCCAACAGCAGCAGACUACUCAGAGCCAACCUUCCAGGAUGGACCGCAGUGUGAUAGGGGCAGGAGCAGGGGCAGGUGGUGUGCCGAAAGGUGGUGCCCGGAGAGGGAAGGGGCCCUUGGUGAAGCAGUCAAAGAUAGAGGAUUUGCGUCAGGGCCAGGGCACACUGGAAGGGAAGGGGUCAGUGGAGAAGAGCUCUAUUCCUAUCCCAACCAUCAUCGUUAAAGCCCCUUCCACCAGCAGCAGUGGUCGCAGUAGCCAAGGCAGCAGCAUGGAGGCUGAACCGCCUCCUCCAGGAGUGAGUGACAGUUCUAAACCCCAACCUGUUGUUCCCCCACCUGCACCCACCGUUCCACCGCCAGCCCCUCCAUCUAUACCUGCUCCCCCACCCCCAUCACUGCCAUCACUUCAUACUCAAGAGAGUUUGGACUUUACCAGCCAGUUUGGUGCUGCCAUAGUAGGGGCAGCUCGCAGGGAUCGAGAACGAUUCCAUGAAGCACGACGGAAGAGUGCCUCCUUUUUUCUUUCUGCUGAGGAAGAGUUGGGUGGAGCAGGAGAAGUGGGAGGACGGACCCAGACUUCCCAACAGCAGCUGAGUUCCCAGCCUUCACCACGCCUGCGACCAUCCAAAUCUAUAGAUGAAGGCAUGUUCUCAGGUGAUACUUUUAUCCACCACACACGCAGUAUGCCUCCUGCCUUUGGCCUGCCUGAGUACUCCUCACCUGCUCCUCCUGGGGAUUACCAGCCUAAGUCUGUACCUGCUGACUUCUAUGGGGCGGGAAGCCGACAACAGCAGCAGCAGCAGCAAGCCUCCACCACAACUUUCAUUCACCCAUUAACGGGGAAAGUUCUGGACCCUUCAUCCCCACUAGGCUUGGCAUUGGCUGCACGGGAACGUGCCUUGAAAGAUGAUGGUCGCAUACGCAGGGAGAGGACCACUGAACAUCAUUUUAGCCGUCAGUUGUCCAGCAUUGGGGCCUUUCCCUCAUCCACUGCACAACCAACGUCACACAUCUCCUACUCAAUGGCCUCGUCUUCCUCUGCAACCUCUGCUGCUCAGUCCUCAAGCUCCUCCUCGUACCUGGUUACAUCCUCAUCGCUAGCUGCCACCACCACAUCCACUCGGCCUCCAUCUCCCAGGAUCCUGCGUGGAGCAGGAAGCAGCUGGAGUGAGGAAGCAGGGGGUGGAGAGCGUGCAGAUAGGGAGGCUGCUGGCACCUCUGCUCCCAGAGAAGGCCUAAGGGUUCGUUUCUCUGAGGAUAAAACUGUCCACACGCACCACUAUCAGUCUCAGCACUAUCAGCCCACCUACAAGGAGCGCGAACGAGAGCGGCAGAGAGAGAGGUCACGAGAAAGAGAGAGGGAAAGAGAGAUAGAAAAAGCUCACGCCCAGUUACAGCAGCAGUCCACACAGCCAACGCCCCAGCAGCCUCGACGCCCCUCAUUCUUGAGGAUGGAGAGUGAGGCUGGGGCAUACAUCCUUUCUUUGACACCACCUUCUCCACCUCCAACAAAAGCCCCUACACGUCCUUUUCAUCCUACACCACCACCUCCCCCACCACCUCCUCCCCCUCCAAAAGACUCCUUUAUGUCUGGGUUCCCGCCUCACACACCCCUGCCCUCACCCCAGGCAGGAGAUUCCACAACUUCCAGCCUUACUUCCUAUGACAGUGAGGUCGCCAACCUCACCCAGUCAGCCCCGUCUCCCUCUCCAUCUUCCCCCAACCCACUACCGCCUCCCUCCGCCUCCACCUUGCAGCCCUCUGGGCCACCUCCACCUCCUUCUGUAUCACCUCCGCCACCACCCACCUCCUACCAUAGACCGUUUGGCCUAUCUCAGUCACAGCACUUAUAUAACAGUACAAAUUCAGCCAGACGCUCCUCUUCUCCCACACCACCUCCUCUCUCUAUUCCAGCUCCACCUGCCUACCGGGGCCCUCUAGCAGCAACAUCCACCCCAGCAACUUCUGUAUCUCUCAGAGGCGCCUCAACUGUGACCGCAAGCUGUUCCAAAACUGCUUCUACAACUGUAAUCUCUUCUACUACUGCUGCUGCUGCUGUUGUCACACCACAUACACGCUUAGCAACCGUCUCCACAGUAGCUACAGGGGGUAGCAGGCGGCCCAGUGCAGAGCAUCAUCCACCACCCAGUGCCGCUGCAGCUAAGAGUGGCGAGUCCCAGGAGACAGUGGUGGAUUCUGGGAUUGAGGAGCUGGACAGCCGAAGCAGCAGCGACCAUCACUUAGACAACAUCCUUGCACUCAGUGGUAGUGGGGUCAGAGAAAGGUUGGAGAGAGCAGGGAUGGGUAGCAUAGGUGGAGUUGGAGAGAGAGGUGGGGCAACAGAGGCCGACAGAGCAAGUGGGACAGAAUUUCUAGAGUCUUACAUGAGCUAUCUUGAUGGACAGACUUUUGAAAUGCAUAAUGCCAAAGCCGCAAGCACUGCAUCCACCUACCCAAAAACACAGAGGUACAGAGAAGGGAGCCGGGCUGGAGAUCUUCGACGCCAAACCAGCACGGCACCCCCUGCAUACCACCGUCGUAGGGAGGAGGAAGAGGAGGAGGAUGAGGCAGAAGAGGGAGAGGAGGAGGAUGUGAAUGCCCGUGAUGGCUAUGGAAUGAGGGAAGGGCCAGGGAUUGCUCGCUCCUCUGUAAUGUACUUUGACCGGCCCCGCACUCCAGAGAUAAAACCGCUGUGGGGUGAUGGGUCGGCCGGAGCAGCGCAGUCCAUAGGGGAGGGAGGGGUCCAGACUGGGGGGACAUAUGUGGAGGCACGUAAACUACAUCCUCCCAUGUCCGGUAUGAAGGCAAGCAUCAUCAAUGAACUAAGCACCAAAUUACACCAGAGGAGCAAAGGAACAGAGAACUGGGGAGCUCAAAGAUCACUGAGCAGACAUAGACACAGGUUCUCAGAGGACUCCACAGGUGCACUGAGUCCUCCCUCUGUCCGCUCUAGCUCCCCAUCUCCUGUUCAGCUCUCUCAGCCUGCCUUGUCUCCCUCCCCCACCCCUUCUUCCCAGCCGCUCUACCCAAAUUGGGCUCGAUCUCCUUCCCCUCAGCCCCCUGCUGCCUCAUCCCAGCCUCCUCCCCGAUCCCACUCACCUGUUUCUCCCUCUUCAUAUUCGCCGUACCCAACCUCACCCAAACACCGGCCCGUUUACCGCACCAAAGCCCUGGAGUUUCAGUUUAUCCCCAGCCGAGAGUCACGUAAGGCAGAGUCACACCAUGCUCAGCGCAGACGAGCACCCAGCCCAUUAAUUUCUCCUUCUGACCGCCCCAAGCUUGGCCCUCCCCGCCCCUCUUCCCUUCCCAUUCUCCCCACCACGCCCCUCUAUAGCAGCUUGUAUGACCUCCGUGGUUCUAUUACUCCACCCUCACCUGCCAAUCCUCUUGGGGACCCCUACUUCUCUCCCUCUCCCCCUCUCUUUGCCCCCUCGGGGGCUCCACCUCCUCCAAAUUCCUCUCUGGUGGUCUCUCGCUCCUUGUCCCCCACCCACUUCCUGUCAAGGACAUCAUCCCCACCACUCCACCCCAUUCCUCCACCCACUUGCCUGAGUUAUCCACACCUCCCUCCUCCUUCACCCACCAAACCCUUCGCCUCCAAACCACUCCCAUACUGGACCAAGUAUGACGUUGCAGAUUGGCUGGGCUACCUGAACCUGGGUGAGCACAGGGAGCGUUUCCUAGACAAUGAGAUUGAUGGCACGCACCUGCCCUCUCUAACCAAGGACGACUACCUGGACUUGGGUGUAACCAGGGUUGGACAUCGCAUGAACAUUGAGAGAGCGCUCAGGAGAGUGAUGGACAGGACCAUCGGUAAAGAUUUUGCCCCCUUCAUCUCCCUCUGCCCAUCUUGCAUCUGUUCGUCUUCUCAGAAUGAGUGUGGGAUUCAUGCAUCAUUCAUCACAGCGCUGGCUUUACCUUAAUCACCCAUAUUGGACAAAACGAUUGAAGAACUCGUUGUAUUUUUGAUGUUUAAGACUGGUGGAGUAAAAGUCACACAGUUCUCACCUCUUGGCAGUUUCAGCAGUGUCUGA